AUGUCAACAAUACCGCCCUCUGCGCAGCAGUCCGCCUAUCCACCCACCAUACCGCUUGAUUUCAACUCGAAGCAGCCAGACAAGGUCACACUGUACCCUUUAUCAAACUAUACUUUCGGUGUCAAGGAGACGCAGCCUGAAGAAGACCCCUCUGUAAUUGCAAGACUCAAGCGCCUGGAGGAGCAUUUUUCUGAGCAUGGCAUGCGUCGUACAUGUGAGGGCAUCCUCGUGUGCCACGAGCACAACCACCCGCAUAUUUUGAUGCUUCAGAUCGCAAACGCCUUUUUCAAGCUCCCUGGAGACUAUCUGCGGCCCGAAGACGACGAGGAAGCAGGCUUCAAGGCUAGAUUAGACGAAAGAUUGGCCCCUGUGGGCCGGAUAGGUGAAGGCGAAGAAGCUGGGGACUGGGAAGUUGGUGACUGCCUCGCGCAAUGGUGGCGACCAAACUUCGAGACCUUCAUGUAUCCCUUUGUUCCCGCCCAUGUCACACGGCCAAAGGAAUGCAAGAAACUCUAUUUCAUUCACUUGCCCAAAACAAAAGUGUUGAGCGUACCAAAGAAUAUGAAGCUCCUUGCAGUACCUCUUUUCGAGCUCUACGACAACACUGCUCGAUAUGGACCACAGCUCUCAGCAAUUCCGCAUCUUCUCAGCCGCUACAAUUUUGAGUUUGUUGACGAAGAUGGCAAUGUUGUGGCCAUGACACCUGGUGCUGGUCCCCCCGAGGGCUAUGUACCCAAGACAAAAGUUUUGGCUGGCGAAGACAUGGAAAUGAAGGAAGAAAAUGGUACAAUUUAG